AUGCCUGGCAUCCGCAGAGGCCUCUCACGAGUAAAGCCUUGCCUUGCUACCCUUGUCGGUCGUGAAGCUCGAGGAGCCCCUAGAUUGGAAUUGACCGGGCGGGCGACACCUUUAAAAGUUGGUAGUUAUGCAAAAGGAUCCACUGUUUGGGGAGAUGCUUGCCCUGAAGGCAUAACCAAUUUCUUUUGGCUGCAUUGUGAAAGCCUCGUGGGCAUGCUCCAAAUCAACCUUGACAUUCUGUAUCACUGGGGACCUUUUGUGGUCACUGGUGAUAAACUCUGCCUGGUCGCGAAAUUAGAUAUUCUGUUCCGUAUGAAACUGCGAGGAGUAAAGAAAGUAAUAGAGUGUUUUGAAAGUAUCAACCACCUCGAUCUCUCCUGUAACACAAAACUUCCUUUGAAUCGACAAAUGGAAAUUGUUUCCGCGAGGAACGUGGUUAUCCAUGAAACCUAUUCUAGUGCUCAGGCUCGGGUUCAGCCACGCUUUUUUUUUGCCUUUCCUCUUAUUCCAAGCGCGCUAGCUUUUCUAGAGGACCCACUGUGGUGGAUCAUAGAAGCUGAUGGCCGCGUGCAGAGGCCUGGGCCCCUGGCAGAAACUAGCUCAGCCAGUGAGCUUGAUGCCAUACCGGGACCAUGA